AUAACAACUCAUUCAAUUCAAAAAAAAAAAAAAACUCUCUACAUAUCUAUUACUUCUACGCUAACUAGAGAGGGAGAUUAUUGCUCUAAAGUUAUUAGGAUGGAGGAAGUAAAGAAGAGGGAUUGUAUGGAGAAGGCAAGGCCAUUCAUUUCAAUGGUAGUGUUGCAAGUAGGGCUAGCAGGAAUGGAUAUUCUCUCAAAGGCUGUCCUAAACAAAGGCAUGAGUAAUUACGUUCUUGUUGUUUACCGUCACGCCGUUGCAACUGUCGUUAUGGCUCCGUUCGCCUUAUAUUUCGACAAGAAGGUGAGGCCGAAGAUGACACUGAUGAUAUUCUUCAAGAUAUCACUCCUUGGUUUACUCGAGCCAGUGAUCGACCAGAACUUGUACUAUCUCGGGAUGAAAUAUACGACGGCUACAUUUGCAACAGCCAUGUACAACGUCCUACCUGCAAUCACUUUCGUCCUCGCCUAUAUAUUUGGCCUCGAAAGAGUAAAGCUACGGUGCAUUAGGAGCGCUGGUAAGGUGGUUGGGACAUUGGCUACUGUUGGAGGAGCCAUGAUCAUGACACUUGUCAAAGGCCCAGUUCUCGACCUCUUUUGGACCAAAGGAGUCUCUGCACAUAACACAGCUGGGACCGACAUUCAUAGCGCCAUCAAAGGCGCAGUAUUGGUCACAAUUGGUUGUUUUAGCUAUGCAUGUUUCAUGAUUCUCCAAGCGAUAACAUUAAGGACUUACCCCGCUGAGCUCUCUCUCACAGCAUGGAUAUGCCUUAUGGGGACAAUAGAAGGAACCGCCGUGGCAUUAGUGAUGGAGAAAGGAAAUCCCGGCGCAUGGGCCAUUGGUUGGGACACUAAACUUCUUACAGCCACCUAUAGUGGGAUAGUGUGCUCAGCACUGGCUUACUACGUUGGAGGAGUGGUGAUGAAAACAAGAGGUCCUGUGUUUGUGACAGCUUUCAGUCCUCUUUGUAUGAUCAUAGUAGCGAUUAUGUCGACCAUCAUCUUUGCUGAGCAAAUGUAUCUUGGAAGGGUUCUUGGUGCGGUAGUUAUAUGUGCAGGAUUAUACCUUGUGAUAUGGGGCAAAGGCAAAGAUUACAAAUAUAACUCCACACUGCAGUUAGAUGACGAAUCAGCACAACCAAAGAUAGAACUAACUACAUUUGCAAUUGCCUUGUACAACACUUUACCUGCGGUCACGUUCAUCCUCGCCUUAAUAUUCAGGCUCGAAAGUGUGAAGCUUCAAAGUAUCAGGAGUGCAACUAAGGUGGUGGGAACAGUGACUACAGUUGGAGGAAUCAUGGUCAUGACACUUUUAAAAGGUCCAGCUCUUGACCUCUUCUGGACUAAAGGACCCUCUGAACAGAACACAGUUGGGACCGAUAUUCAUAGCUCCAUCAAAGGCGCAGGUUUAGUCACAAUUGGUUGUUUCAGCUAUGCAUGUUUCAUGAUCCUACAAGCAAUCACAUUGAAGACUUACCCGGCAGAGCUCUCUCUCGCAACAUGGAUAUGCCUAAUGGGUACAAUAGAGGGAGCAGUUAUAACAUUAGUGAUGGAGAAAGGAAAUCAUAGCGCGUGGGCCAUUGGUUGGGACACUAAACUUCUUACAGUCACCUAUAGUAGGAUAGUGUGCUCAGCGCUUGGUUACUACGUUGGAGGAGUGGUGAUGAAAACCAGAGGUCCUGUGUUUGUAACAGCUUUCAAACCUCUUUGUAUGAUCGUAGUGGCGAUUAUGUCGAGCAUCAUCUUUGCUGAGCAGAUGUACCUAGGAAGGGCUCUUGGUGCGGCGGUUAUAUGUGUAGGUCUAUACCUUGUGAUAUGGGGCAAAGGCAAAGAUUAUGAAUAUCCUAGCACGCCCCAAAUAGAUGAUAAUUAACUUAGCACAAGCAAACACUAUCCUGAUCGGAAAUGGGAAGGAUAGUGUUGAUCAUGAAGUCAUUACUAUAAGCAAGCAAAAUGAACAAAGAAGAACACUGAUA